AUAGUUCUAAUUUUUAGUUGGGUCUGUCAUCAUUCCUUGUGUGGUGUCUUUGGAAUUAUCAUUUUUGGAAUCCUCAUUCUUGAAGCAGUUGUCAGAAUCAUCGCUAUUGAUAUUUGUUAG